UGCUAACGUUAGUUAACAAUGGCUAACGGUAUGGUUUUUCACACUCAAAUAGCCUCGAUUAUGGAGGUGCUAGCGAAUGCAGCCGUGGCAGAGAUCUGUAAAGUCGUAGACGACGACUAUGCAGUGUUUCGUUUGGAAAUAACUCAAAGCCAGAAAGAAAACAGGGGAUUGCGGAGGAAGCUACAGCUACUGGAACUGAAGGUGUCACGGGAGCGCGCAGAGAGGACAAUACGAGAGCGCGUCCUCGCCAGUCGUCCCAGUAGUGUCAAGAUCCUCGACCGAUACAGAGGAAUGGCUAGAGGUGAAGGACAUCUCACCGGAGGCCACAGGAGCUUUGUAAAGCCGGCGGGACACAAUACAUGGAGAGAUGACCAACCCAUAGCUAUAGAUGAGGAGAGUGGAACCUCAACCCAGCAUGUUAUUGUGAUAGAGUCUGCAGAUGCAGAGGCCGCAGGUCCUGAAGGACCGUCUCUGGUCAAGAAGGAGAGGACUGAAGGAGAGGACCCACUGCACAGCGGAGACAUCCAGACUGGAGCAGUGGCUACAGUGGCACCUCCUGUAGCCACGGAGGACCUCACGACUGCCGCCUCGCCCCAGCCCAGGACCGGAUGCAGCAUCACGGAGGUCAGUGGAGCGCCGAACGCCGUCCUCAAGUCAGAGACAGACACCGAGACUUUAACUGUAACACACAGGCUAUUAUACACAGAAUCUGACCACAGAUCAGACAGACUGGGGCUGGGGAAACAGGGCUGUCCUCCUGCUCCUGGCUCAGAGUAUUUACCGGUAUUUCACCAGAGCCAGAGGAUGGUUCAUUCCCGUGGUGAUAGUGACGCGUUACACUCUGGUGGUGAUGAUCCGUCUUGUUCUUACGCUACAGAGAUGGACCCAGGCAACAUGCCCUUGGGUUUAGAGACACAGACUGAUCUGUCUAGAGGGUACUGGAACGGGUACAAUAGUAGUGUAUACUCUGAAGGGUGCCUAGAUAAGAAAGGGGAGGUUACAGUGGCAGAUGAGGUGACUGUGAAAGUGGAGGACGACGCACCUCUGACAUGGAAUGUAGAAGGACACUCACAAGGCAGAGAUUUCUUAGAUUACAGAGGAAUCUUAGAGGCAAAUCAAAUUGUCGCCACCAACUCCCAUUUACACGCUUUCAGGGAUCGCGACCCAGUGUCCACAUCAAUGGCACCUUCCGAUUCACAUGGCUGUGUCCUUUUCGAUCAGGUAUUGAACUCAGAGGACCAAAGGGCCAAGGCGUGGGGAGGGGGACCAACUUCAGUCAAUAGUAAAGAUAAACGGUUCCUCUGCAUGUUCUGCAACAAAGGCUUCAGCUGCCCCCAGAAGGUGGAGAUCCACCAGAGGGUCCACACAGGGGUGAAACCCUUCAGCUGCCCCCAGUGUGAGAAGAGGUUUUCCCAGUCUGGUGACCUGAAGAGACACCAGAGGGUCCACACGGGGGAGAAACCCUUCAGCUGCCCCCAGUGUGAGAAGAGGUUCUCUCUGGCUGGCAACCUGAAGAUGCACCUGAAGGUUCACAAGGGAGAGAGACCGUUCGCCUGUACACACUGCGGGAAGAGGUUCUCAGAGAGGAGCUACCUCAGGCUACACCAGCAGAAAAAACAUUCUACUCUAUAACAUAGAAAGUAACCAUUCCACUCGAUAGCUUCUGACAUUUAGAUCAAACCCUGCAUAAAUACAAAGAUAUUUGUUUUUAAAGAUCCACAGAUGCAAUUGGAAUAACGAGAGUAACAGAUUUCAGUGUUUACUAUUCCUGGGUAGAAUAUUGCAUACAGAUGUUGUGUGAUGUAUAAGGCAUACACUGAGUGUACGAAACAUUAGGAACAGCCUCAAUUCAUCUUUCCCAUUGACCAUCAAUGGCACACAUACACAAUCCAUGUCUCAAGGCUUAAAAAUCCUUAUUUGACCUGUCUCCUCCCCUUCAUCAACACUGAUUGAUGUGUAUUUAACAAGUAAGGAGUCAUAGCUUUCACCUGGUCAGUCUGUCAAGGAAAGAAUGAGUAUUCCUAAUGUUUUGUACAUAGUAUAUAAGCUUAAAAAGACUGUUACAUAUUUGUACUCUGUGUUUGUACUCUGCUAUAUGAUGUUCACAAAUGCCUCUUUCAUUACUGCCGUUCAACUACUUAAUUUUUUCCCCCCCAGAUACUUUUAAUGACAAAAUGAGUGGAGUGUAUCAAGUUAGCUGAGACAUUACAUUUACGUAAUUUAGCAGAUGCUCUUAUCCAGAGCGACUUAGAAUUAGUUAAUUCAUCUUAAGAUGGUUGGGUGAGAACCACAUAUCAAAGUCGUAGUAAAUCAGAGCUCGACAUUAAGGGGGAAUUGCACCCGCAGAUUUUGCCUCGCUUAAAUCAGAGCUCGACAUUAAGGGGGAAUUGCACCCGCAGAUUUUGCCUCGCUUUUUGGCUUGCUCCCCAAGAAAUGCUGGCGGCCAUGACAGAAGCCGAAUGUAAGUUGGCUUGGGGGUGUAUUUUUAUGUGGGUGUUUCUUGGGUGUGUCCUUGCUACAACCACGACACAUCAAUCUGUCAGAACCUUGCCUGCAGGUCCCCUCCCUCUCAGUCACAACAAACAAACCAAUCUCCUGCUUGUUGAGUUCCACAACUACAGGCAGAUGGCAGGUGUAUAGUGGGAUGCCGACGGAAACUUUGAAUAGGUCAGUAGCCUACCGUGUAAAAAAAUAAAUAACACGACAAUAAUGUGAUUGCUAAACUUAUGCAAAUAUUCUAAACUAAGUAUCUUGAUAACUUUCAAAUGUAGUAAUGGGUCCAUGUUGAAUAAACAACCCUUUACAUAAUACCGUAGAAGCAGUGUUCUGCUAAUAUAACAGUGUGAACCUUUGACCUUUUCAUUGUCAUUCCCAGCCAAUACUGAUACUCUGCCUAUCUGCAUUUUGUCUGGUGGUAAUGGGGCUGCCUUGGCAAACAUAUCAGUGGUCAUACCUUUCUGUGUGGUGUCCCGUAUACAACAGGAGUUCCCUGAUCCUUGUGCAGAAUACAGAGGCUCUCUCCCUCCCCAUAUUGACUCAUACCAUUUAAUUCAAUAAUAAAAAAAAGACGAUACAAGUAAAAGUUGUCUAGUAACAUUUUUAUGCCGAGUGCCAUGUUUCUCUCCAUUCAGAGAUGCCAGUAUCAAGCCUGUCUGUAGGUCAGGACUCCAGCACAUCAUCUUGCAAGUCUCCAAGUGCUGGCUCCAUAGAUGCAUCUGUGAACAUAUACACAGUCACUGUUCUAUUACCAAUGGCCAUUAGGAUAGGUGAUAUCUGACACACACAGGUACUACGUUGAAGUUUGAACAGGUCAGACUAAACAUACCUAAUUCUUGUCUACCCGUCAACAAUCGUUGUUGAGCAGACGAGGUGAGGCUGGAGGUGUGGUCUUUGCCAGCGUAGAUCAGCUCCUGGACCCUCAUCAAAAUACUGGUCGGUUACAUGCAAACCACAGGAGUUUGGUGGCACCUUAAUUGGAGAGGACGUGUUCAUGGUAACAGCUGGAGCGGAAUCAGUGGAAUGGUAUCAAAUACAUCCAUGCGUUUGAUGCAAUUCCAUUUGCGCCGUUCCAGCCAUUAUUUUGAGUCGUCCUCCACUCAGCAGCCUCCACUGACACAAACACACGCAGAGCACUGAUUGCAUUAUCAAUGGAGGUUAUGAUUAGCACGGUGGAACCAACCUGAUCGCUGUGUUCACCUUUCUAUUUCACUUCAGAUAUCAUGGUAUGUGAAGUGAGAUAGAAAGGUAAACGCAGCGAUCAGGCUGGUUCCACCAUGCUAGGUUGUGAUGGUGAAUUGGGGGGGGGGGGUCUCAAAACUGUUGACCUUUUUGACCAGGUUAAAUUUGACCAACCUGAUUCAAGUGUCCUCCCUG